GAUCAAUCGGUAGUUUGACGUUCGAUUUCUAGAGUUAACGCAUGCGCACAACCUGCCCUUCCUUUCCGCUAGCUUCUCCGCCAUGGCGCCUAUUAAAAAGCAGAUCACCGGCAAAGGUGGUAAGAAGAAAAAGCAGGUCCUGAAGUUCACCCUGGACUGCACCCACCCUGUGGAAGAUGGUAUCAUGGACGCAGCCAACUUUGAGCAGUUUCUUCAGGAGCGUAUCAAAGUGAAUGGGAAAGCCGGUAACCUGGGUAACGGUGUGGUCUCCAUCGAGAGGAGCAAGAGCAAGAUCACAGUGUCCUCUGAGGUGCCCUUCUCCAAAAGAUACCUAAAGUAUUUGACCAAGAAGUACCUGAAGAAGAACAAUCUUCGCGACUGGCUGCGUGUUGUGGCUAACACCAAGGAGAGCUACGAGCUGCGCUACUUCCAGAUCAACCAGGAUGAAGAGGAGGAGGAAGAUGAAGAUUAAAUAUACAAUAAAUCAGUUUUUGUACAUUUAAAUAAAUGUGGUUUACAGUACAGAAG